GACGGGCGGGCGGGCGCGCGAGUGCCUGCAGCUGCCGCCGGCAUCUCGGGGGCUUCAGGCUGCGGGGCGGACGCAGCGCGGGGCGAUCCACAGCGGAGCCGCGCGAGGCCGCCCGAGCCCCGAGCCCCGAACCUGAGCCCCGAGCCCCGAGCCCCGAACGAGCGCAGCCGCCGUCGCCUCCAGCCAGCGGGUCCCGGGACCGGCCGCCGCCGGGAAGGCAGCCGGAGCCCGGCAAGUUGAAAGCGCGCGGAUCCGCCCGGGAAAGUUUCCCCGCGGCCGCCGGCGCGAUCGGCGCGGGUCCGGCCGCUGCAGCGGAAAGAGUGUCUUCUGAAGCCAUCAUCAGAAAGAGACCUCAGGAGAAUCCUGACACCCCUGAAAGGAAAAGAUCGGUUGGAAGAGUUGCCCUGGGCUGAGGCUGAAGAAGGGACCACUUUACAGAUGUGGAAACUGAGGUCCAGCUAGUGUCGGACUUGCCCCGAGUCGCUCUCUGGUGGAGGAGCUCGACCCGAAGCCAGCCGAGGCUGCGGUGGUGGGCAUCUCCUGGACAGCACAAAGCUUGCAGUGGCAAGAGCUUCUGGCACUGUCGUCAAAGCAACGUGAACCCUUUGAAUUUGGCUUCUAGAAACGUGGACACGAUCCUUUUCCAGACACCAGCCGCUGAGGACAAGCUGGGCCAGUAACAGAACCAGACAGCAGCCCCUCUGACCGGAGACACUGUUCUGCUGACGCCGGAAGAACUGCCCAGGUGGAGCCAUGGAAGGUGACUGUCUGAGCUGCAUGAAGUACCUGAUGUUUGUUUUCAAUUUCUUCAUAUUUCUGGGCGGGGCCUGUCUGCUGGGCAUCGGCAUCUGGGUCAUGGUGGACCCCACCGGCUUCCGAGAGAUCGUGGCCGCCAACCCCUUGCUCAUCACGGGCGUCUACAUCCUGCUGGCGAUGGGGGGCCUGCUGUUCCUGCUCGGCUUCCUGGGCUGCUGCGGGGCCAUCCGGGAGAAUAAGUGUCUGCUGCUGUUUUUCUUCUUGUUCAUCCUGAUCAUCUUCUUGGCGGAGCUCUCGGCGGCCAUCCUGGCCUUCAUCUUCAGGGAAAACCUCACCCGGGAAUUCUUCACCAAGGAGCUCACCAAGCAUUAUCAGGGCAACAACGACACAGACGUCUUCUCUGCCACCUGGAACUCGGUCAUGAUCACAUUUGGUUGCUGUGGGGUCAACGGGCCUGAAGACUUCAAGUUUGCACCCAUUUUCCGACUCCUGACGUUGGACAGUGAGGAGGUCCCCGAGGCCUGCUGCCGGAGGGAGCCACAGACUCGAGACGGGCUCCUGCUGAGCAGGGAGGACUGCCUCCUGGGAAGGGACCUGUUCCUGAACAAGCAGGGCUGUUACACAGUGAUCCUCAACGCCUUCGAAACCUACGUCUACCUGGCCGGAGCCCUCGCCAUCGGGGUGCUGGCCAUCGAGCUUUUCGCCAUGAUCUUCGCCAUGUGCCUGUUCCGGGGCAUCCAGUAGAGGGCGUGGCCAGACACCGGAGGAGUCACCCUGCCCACCACUGCUCAGUACCCUCACCCUCCUCUCCCCGGCGCCCCUGCUCCCUGGGUCCAGGGGUAGGAGGUGAGGCCAUCAUGAGUGGCCAGGAGAAGGGGCAAGGGGAAAAUAGCUAUUUUUUAAACAAAACGAAACGAUGAACCUAUGGACCAACGCGCCCCGCCUGGACUCCGGGGUGGGACGUGGGCUCUGCACCCAGCCGCAGGCUGCACCAGAGACCAAAGGAACACCUGCCCGGCCCCCUCCUCGGCCCCGCCGGACUCCCGCAGCCCUGGGCUCGGGCCCGGGCCCUCCCCUCACAGCCUCGGAACCUGCUGCCAAGCAAGUGAGGAUUUGGGCAACAAGGAGGCAAAAGCAAAUCUGGGAGAGCGGUCCCCAGAGCCCAGGGGCCCCAGAACGUGGGGUCGCAAUGUCCUUGAGAACGAGGCACCUCCUCGCCGUCCCCCGUCCGGCUGAUGGCCUGGUCCCUGCUCCUGCACAGGCCAAGAGUGGCUGAGGACGCUGGAGCCGAGAAUGGCCCAGCUGGCGGUGGGGUCCUCGCUUUCCCCAGCUGUGGCACCAAACAUCAGGGCGGCCCAGAGCUGUCACCCACAGCCACACAGCGCAUGCGUGACGUUCUGAACAAGAACUGGGUGGUCUCCAGAGCUUCAGUCGGGCAGAGCUGCUCACGUCCCUCCCGGGCCCCAGCAUCAUGGUUUCCCCAGAAGAGACAGGGCAGCUGGAUGACUCUGGACUCUUCCUCCCGCCACCCCCUGCCGAUUGCCUUCCCAAUGCCCCACCUUCUAAGCCCCCAGGAACACACACGUGCACACACCAGAGUCCCUUUUCCACGCUGCCUGUCUCUGCUCACAAGCCCAUCCCUUCCCUGUUCUCCAUUAACCCCCUGGCUCCCGGCGCUGGAAGGAGCCCCCAAGACCAUCCGGCUCUUCUCUCCCACCCAGAACUGUAGCUUGGAUAUCUUCUGUAAGAUCCCUGCCGCCACGACAUCGCCACCCUCUCCUUGCACACCUCCAGGGACGGGGACCUCACUACCUCCCAGGACAGCACUCUGCCUCUGGAGACUGCUGACUUCAGACUUCCAUUUCCCUGUGGUUCUGCCCAUUUUGUAACCCUGAGGGUUAAGGCCACACACUGUCUCCCCCUGCGCCCCGUUACCACCAGGCCCCGUUACCCCAGGGCAUCUCAUCAUUUCUGCGGUGACAUCACUUCCUGCCCCUUCUCCGUCCACUGCACGUGUCUGAGUGCUCCCUCCGGGCUCCGGCAGGAAGAGGUCUUCCCACGGGCUCACGGACGCUCACGCAGCACCCACAGAUCAGCCCCUCAGAACACAGACCUCAGGUUCUAGCCCAGUGCUGGCAACUGGAUUGCAAGAGGCCUCCACCCUGAUGAGGAGGCAGGAGUGGCUGGUGGAAGCCAUGCAGAGGGUCUGAGGAUCGGCCUGGGCAUGGUGGGAGAGGGCCAUCGAUGGGUGAUGGGAAGGGGCGCAUGGUGCCUGCCUUCCCCUCCUCUCUACUGUCUCUUCAGGGUCUGGGACAAGCCCUUUCUGUCCCCCAGGUGCUGUGCCAGCUUCCAGCUUCCGCUGCUUUCCCACUGCUGAGGGGAAGAGACUGCGGCCAGGUGCCCAAUGCUCCCCUGCCCUGCCCCCUGCCCCCUGCUGAGCUACAGCCAGAGCUCUGUGCCUGCUGUAGCAAUUUGGUUAGACCGUCCUCCCUACUCCGCCUUUCCCCCUCCCACCUCACCUCUCCACCUGGGUCUUUCACUGCACCAGCCUGCCCUGACCAUUCCAUGAUGCCACGAGCUCCCUAGCAACUGGGCAUCCCAGGAUUGGGGGGGCCCCACAGCCUGAGAAGGGCCUGCCCCUCCAGAUCCACCUGCACGCUUAUACAGCUUCCUGGGGAAGGCAGGUGUCCGGUCUGAGGUUGAGGGGGGACAAAAAGAAACACCCCAGGCUGCCUGGGCAGGACUGGAGGUCACAUUGGGCAGCUGCGUGGCUCCGGUCCGGGGCAGCCCGCGAGAAUCUGGGCCGUGAAGGUGAGAUGUGCCCAUACGAUUUGAGAGGCAGGGCAGCCAAAUUGGAGGACCGUUUGCUGAGGCAGGCUCAUGGGUGGAGGUGAGACUCCCGCCAAGGACUUUCCAGAAAGAUGCCAAGGAACCCCGAAUCGGGCCCUGCUGACUUCCCCAGGCUGGGAGGGAGCCCGGAUCUGCUCGGGCUGGUAGCUGUUUGCAAGGCUGCCUGCAGGGCGGGCAGGGGCUUGGGAGAAAGCAAGCUCUGCCCCAAGGGGCCUCUCCUGGGCUCCAGGUGUGGUUACAGUGCAGCCCAUACGUAACAGGUGCUGGCAGCAGCUGAUGGCUGGGGGGUGAGGGGGGAGGCAGCAGGUAGGAAUGCCUCUGGAGGUCAGGGAAGACCUCACAUGGGAGUCAAGCACCCUCCCUGCUCCAGAACUACUGCCUCGGGGAGAAGGGACACAGCUUAGGGGCUGGGGCCCGUCCUCAGCCUCCCUCACCCCUCUCCUAUCUAUCCAUGCCCAAGGGGUCCAACGGGAUAUCCCCAAACGAGCUGAGGCCCCAGCACCCUGCGUCUGCAGAAGCCUCCUCUCCCUCCCCUGUGGGCCCUGUCGAAAGUCUAUUUUGGAAAUGGUCAAUGUUCCUCGCCGUAGGUAGCAGAGCUAAUUUAUCAUGUUUAUUCCUGUGAGCCCCCCCUUUUUAUAUUAUAUAUCGAGAGUUUUGUAAUAUAAAAAAACAACACCCACACUGAUGGUUUUGCACUGGUUUUUGUGACCGUUUCUUACAAAAAGAAAAAGGAACGAAGAAUAAAUAGUGACCGUGAA